AUGUUGCCUAGAUUUAUAUGUUCUACUGGAAAGAACGGGCUUUCGAUUUUGAAAAAUAAUUCAACGUUUGCGCAGGCAGUACAGCAAAAAUCAGAAGUUUCAGAGGAUAAUCUGCCUAAAAGGAAGAAUCCACUAGAACAUCCAGACUACUUCCAGGUGCACAAUUUAUUUACUGUUAAAGAUUUAUUUGAUGCAAGGGUGCAUUUUGGUCAUAAAGAAGGGUCUUUAAAUGAAUUUAUGACACCUUAUCUCUAUGGUUCUAGACUAGGUCAUCUUAUUUUUGAUUUGGACGUCACAGCAGAGCAUUUGCGCAAGGCGUUGAAUUUCACUGCUCACAUAGCGUACAGAGGAGGAAUUAUUUGUUUCUUUAACAGAAAUGCUCUUAAUGCACAUUUGGUUGAAAAAACUGCUCAGGAAUGUGGUGAAUAUGCUCAUACAAGGUUCUGGCGUGGUGGUAUCUUUACUAAUGCUAAUCACCAAUUUGGAGCUAUAACAAGGUUGCCCGAUUUGUGUAUAUUUUUAAACACACAGAAUAAUAUUCUUAAUCAACACACGGCAGUUCGUGAUAGUGCAAAAAUGUUAAUACCUACCGUAGGAAUUGUUGACAGCAACUGUAAUCCUAAUUUAAUAACUUAUCCAGUACCUGGCAAUGAUGAUACUCCAAGUGCUAUUGAGUUAUACUGUAAAUUAUUUAAAGCUGCAAUUCUAAGAGGAAAAGAAGAAAGGAUGAAACUUCUACAAGAAAGUGAAUAA